UUCAGUAAGUUUGUUUGUGAUUUAUGAUUUUUUUUUUUAACAAUAAAGAAAAGCUACCACGAUAUCUAGGAAGUGUACUGUGACAUGGUUUAUCAGGAUACUGAUAUGAUAUGGUCAUAUUGGCCAGUCCUGUGUGUGAUGUUUAUUUUCCUGUGUUUGUGUAGUGAAGCCGAUAACCGGAGCGUGCUGUGUGUCUGAGCUCGGAGGCACUCCCUGCAUUGUACUGUCGCUUCUUACGCACGAUGAUGUAAGGAGAAGUAUGUGCAGUAUUUAUGAGCAUCCUUAAGUAAAAGCGUGUGUGUUGAUCGCGCCCUCGGUGGCUCUUCGUCACUCCCCACUCCCUUGCGAAAGCCCUCCUCUUCCCUCAGUAGGUUGAGCGCUCGGUCUGGAUGUGUGCUGAACACAGCGGCUUGUAGAAGAUGUCCGCCGCGGGUGCUGGAGCUUGCGGACCCGGACCUGGAGCCGGUGGCGCUCCGGGAUCCGGAGCCUCCAACCCUCGAAAGUUCAGCGAGAAAAUCGCCUUACACACUCAGCGCCAGGCCGAGGAGACUGCUGCCUUCCAGGAGGUCAUGAUGGACAUCACCUCCACCAGGAUUCAGGCUCAGAAGGUGCGACUGGCUAGAACACAGGGCCCUUACUAUGGAGGCUCUCUGCCAAACGUCAAUCAGAUCGGCAGGAACGCAGCCGACCUCCAGGGCCCGUUCCACUCGAACUUGGAAUCCAACCGCUCCACGCGGCACCAUGGACUGGUGGAGAGAGUCCCCAGAGACAGACGCUUCGCUUCCCCCAGCCGACCGUACAGGAGACAUAUGGACAGCUCUCACUGCAGCCCUGCAUACCUGUCUCCACCCCCUGACCCGAGCUGGAGAAGGAACUGGUCCAGUAAUUUCUCCAUGGACAAGAACCCAUUGUUCCGUCUUCCCAACACAGCACUCAACAGAACGAACUCAGACUCUGCUCUGCACACCAGUGUGAUGAACCCUCCCACAGGAGAUCUGUACAGUGCAGGACACACCCUACACCCACAUGUGAGACGCAGCGGUUUGACUGAGGGUGAAGGGAGGAGAAUGUUUCCAUACCCAGUCCCUCCCAUAGAGGAGAGUAUAUUAGAUGAAGGCAAGCUUCUAAAACCAUGGGACACAAAGAAGUUACACAUGCUGUCCUCCCGACCAAAGUCUUGUGAAGUCCCUGGAAUCAAUAUAUUCCCUUCACCAGAUCAGCAGUCCAGCGCCCCUCUUGUCCCGUCUGCCUUGAAUACUGGAGGCUCUUUGCCUGAUCUGUCCAGUCUGCACUUCCCCUCGCCUCUGCCGACGCCACUCGACCCAGAUGAGCCUGGCUACCCCUCCCUCAGCGGGGGCAACAGCACUGGCAACCUAGCCUCCACCCUCACUCAGCUCGGCAUCAAUACCACAAAUGCCUUCAACUCUCCAGGUCUCCUGGCCUCUCUGCAGGGCACACUUAGUAACCCUAAUCUCCAGUCUUCUCUCAGCAACCCUAACAUCCAGUCAUCUUUAAGCAGCCACUCUUUCCCCAACUCCCUUAGCUCUGCCUCACUGCAGUCAUCACUUAGCAAUCCUUCCCUGCAGUCCUCCCUUAGCUCCUCCCCUUCUUUGCAGUCGUCCAUCAGCAACCAGUCCCUUCAUUCCUCUCUAAGCAACUCCUCUCUCAGUGGUCAGUCCCUCCAGUCGGUGAAUAGUGCAGUGGGGUCAGGCCCCUGUUUGAGUUCCUACCCUACGCUGUUACCCGGCCAGGUGCAGCCACAGUUAAGCUCCUCCCCCCGCAGGCGGGGUCAGCUCUCACCGCUUAACCUGCCCCCGGGCCCGGAGUCUCGCAGGCACCACUCCAAGCAGUUCUCACCCACCAUCUCAACCACAUUGACUUCAAUUACACAGGGUGUGCCACUAGAUACCAGUAAGCUUCUGAUGGACCAGAGAUUACCACCUUAUCCUUUCGGUCAGUCUCAGCCAGCCCAGGGCAGUGAUGCACAGAAAGGCUGCUCCUCACCACAGUCGGGCCAGCACCAACAAUUACAGCAACAUCAGCAGACAGCACAGCCUCCCCAGUGCCAACCCCACUCACAUACACAACACCCGCAGUCCAUGCAGCUGCACAUGCAAAACAUGCACAACCUGCAUAAAACGCAGAACUUUCCAUUUGAACACGUCCAACGACAACAGGGCUCCCAUCUCCAGCCGCAGCCGAACCAAAACCACAGCAGCGCAGCAGACGCACCAGGGCCAGUGAACUCGCAGAGAGCGCAGGAACCUGAUGUACAGACACACACACACGAACAGAACCAGAAUCUUCCUCAACUUCAGCAGAUCAGCCAGUCUCUCGCCAGCGAACUUGGACUUUACAGUGAUUCCUUAUUACUGAACUCCCUUCUGGAGGAUCCAUAUUUGGGCUUACAACUUACUGGCAGGCAAAACCAGAACCUUUCUCAGCAGUUCACCAUUGACGCGCACGCAGAGGGUUUGUCCUUUAACCACAAUCUGGACACCCCCACUAAAGGCCAGGAUGGCUCCUACCCCAGCCACCAAGGGGUGCUAGACUUACUGGACUCCUCAGAACAGCAGUUCCUCAACCCCAGUCAGAACCAGAGCUAUGGCAGUGGGCACCACCCUGUCCCCAACAUCAUACUGACUGGAGACUCUCCUCCUGGUUUGUCUAAAGAGAUCACCAGUGCAUUGUCUGGAGUGCCAGGCUUCGAAGUGGACCCGUUCUCUUCAGACGACACACUCAGGAUGGAGCCUCUGGCUCUGGAUGGCCUCAGCAUGCUCACCGAUGGAGACUUGAUGCUGGCCGACCCUGCCGUGGAGGACUCGUUUCGCUCUGACCGACUCAAAUGAACAAGACAAGGGAGAUUUUAUUGAUUAGGAGUCAGGAGACGUCCACCCAAUCUGCGAGUAAGAAGAAGUGAAGUCUUUAAGGCAUUCCAGUGGGAUUUCUCCUCAAUCUCCACUUAGGCUUGAAACCUGCUGAAGAGAUUCCUGAAAGGGACCAACUAUGUUCUUGAUUUUAAAAAAAUAAUAAAAAAAGUGUUAGUCCAGCUGUUUUUGCAGAUGCAAACAUAAAUAUAGGCAUUAGCUUGUCUAAGUCCUAACUGCAUGUUGACAUGUGCACUUCAGAUUACGUAACUUCCACAGAGGAGUCAAGCAUGUGAUGCCAACUCGCAGAAAACGUUUAAAUCCGUGAGACGCUCGUUUUACUAUUUAUUGUCUCCCUGAGUGUUGAUUCUCAAAAACAGACCAAGUGUUUAUCUCACAGAAAAAGAUCUGCCAAAAUAGAAAUAUGACCAACGUUACUGUGUCGCUGUACAUCACCGACUGUACACUUUGCAUCAAGGGCAUGCCCGCCACACCCUCUUUUACUUAAUGAGUAUUUAUUAAUUCCAAGCUGGUUAUUAGGUGACACUUAUUCUCUAUUUUCAUGCCAUUGAACCUAACAAUUUCUUUUUAGUCUUUAAUUGACUUUAAUCUGCUGUAAAGUGGCUUCGAUAUAUCAGCAGCCUCUCUCUCCUCCAAAGUGUCAGGAGAAAAAGAUCAAAAUAUCUCUCUACAAUUGAUCUUCUUGAGGAUGCUGACCAAAAUGCCUCCAAAUAGAUUUUUUUUACCCUGCUUCUGCUAAAGCAAGCCUGCGUCUUGCGGAUGUGAUGUGACGUGACGUGACGUGAUGGUGGCCGUGUGUGUGUGUGUGUGUGUGUGUGUGUGUGUGUGUGUGUGUGUGUGUGUGUGUGUCUGUGUCUUCUGUGUCAGGCUGAACUGGUACACUGGAGCUUGGUUCAUGUGAACUGAAAGCUGCAGCCCUGCUAAUGUAACGUAGUCUGUGCUUUUAGCAUUGCAGAUGCAUCAAAUGGAGGUUUUGCGUACAAAUAUCCACACACCAAUGCAUUUGCACUCUAAUGGCUGUUCCUUGUGUGGUUUGCUUGUCCCUGGUGGAAUGUGUGUGUGUGUGUCUUUGUCUGUGUGCGUGCGUUCAUGCGUCUGUGUGCGCGUGUAUUUGGAGCUCAAGAAUGCAGUCAAAUCUUCAGUCACUGUGAUAUGCACCUCUUACUGCUCCCUCUACCUGCCUUUGCACAUCCCCACUCCUGAACAAGGCCAUAUUCAAAGGACUACAUAUUUUAUGUAACAAAUAGUAUGUACUAUGAAUUUUAUUUUUUAACAGAGCAAGUCUAGAUGUAAGUGUAUAUAAAUGUAUUCCUAUAAUAUAAAUCUCUAAAUUAAGGAAGAGAAGCCUAUUUCUGAAUAGAAUGCACCAAAGCGUCAUCAUUCAGCAGAGUUUUAUUGUUUAAGCCACAGGUUAUUUGUCGGUUUUUCCUUCUCUGCCAGUGUUGUUUCUUUUUAUGUCUUUUUUAAAUAUUGUUUUGUUUUUUUAAUUUUAAAAAAGCAUAUUUGAUUAUUUUUGAAAUAUUGUACAGUUGCAGUGUUUACUGUCCCUUCACUGCUAUGUGCAUGUUAUUAACAGUGCCUGAGUUAUGUUAGUUGUGCGUGCGCCAUGUGAAUUUGAAAGCAUAGGCAUGUCUCAAAUGCCAGAAUGUCCAGAGCAGAGAAGCCUUUCGUUCUACUGUAAUGAUUAAUUCAAAACAAUUGUUUUAAGUAUAUGGAUAAGUCCAUGCUUUCUCUUUUUAUAUGCUUGUGCUUUACAGUGGCUUGGUACCUUCAUGCUUAGCCUUAAUAUCUAGGCUACUUACUCUAUUAAUUGCUGCAACCUUUCAUAAUCUUUAUGGGGGAAAAAACUCAUUAUCUAGCACUUUUCAUACAUUUCUAAUUCCUAUCAAAGUGUUUAUAAGUGCUGAUAAAACUGAUUUUUUUUCAAUGCAUGCACUGUUUAAAACGGUGAAUGAGGUAUUUUUUUAAAUAGAAAAUAUAGCUAAUAAAAUCCAGUGCAUUGGAUUGAUGACGAAAGCAGAAAAGGAAAAGAUUUGUAAAAUGACAGAAACCGAAAAAGGCACGUUCCAGAUUGGAAGUGCGUAGAGGUAAAAGGAGUCAAAUUCACGUUCCUUUUCUGUUUGAGUUUCAUAAAUAUUCAUUAAGACCCGAUCAGGACUCGAUGUGUAUUCUGUCAGGCCCUUUCAGAAAUGGAUAAAGGUGCUAGAUUGCAGAGCUUUCAAGCCAUACUGUCUGGUAUUUGCACAGAAAUGCAUUUUCUGACUUUCUGACAGAUGAUUUGAUUUAUCAUUAGAUUUCACUGAUUUCAAACUCUCAUCACUUUGUACGAAACUUGUGUAGAAUGUGAUUCUCAAAAAGGAUAUACUCAAUCAUUUACAAGCACUGUGAAAUGUGAGCAAAUUCCGCUAACUGAUAUCCUAGUAGCUGCAUUCUUAAACUGCAGCUUGUAUUUGUGACUUUCUAGGUGAUCCUAAUUAAUACAUGGGGGGUUGGGUUCAGCAAUUUAAUUAAGCUCUAACAUGAUCAGUGUUCAUGUGAUGAAAGAAAGCAUUCCUAAUAACAAAUUUGUCAAAUCAACAUUAAGCGCAUCACCAAGGUUCCUUACCACAGACUUGAUCUUCAGCGCCAGAUUCUUUAGUUUUGUGUAAAAAGUCGAAGUGCCAUCUUAGGCCAUCUUCAACACCACCUCUUGUUACUGAGCUAUAUAUAUAUAUAUAUAUAUAUAUAUAUGCAGUGUCUUUCUGUAAAGUAGCCUUAUUCCUGCACUAAUUUAGAUUUAUACAAAAAAUGCACUUGAAAACAAAGUUAAUGUUUUCAAGCCAUUCCUGUGGAGCUGCCAUAUCACAAACGUUUGGCCAUUCGCGUGAUAAAAUUCAGGUAUCGUGUAAUGCACUCUUAGUAUCUGCUGUUGUAUGAAUGUCAUGGUGUCUGGGGAAGGGGUUUGAAAGGUUUCUUGUGGACAUUUGCGAGAGAAAAUUUGUGAAGUCAAAAGGCUCAUGAGGCAUACCUGACAUUUCUUGUUCGUACCCUUUUGCUGAUCGUUAGAUCAGUUUCCUUCUGUGCCACAUCAUCUUGAAAUCAUGGUGUAGACAAUCUUGGUCUGCUCACUUACUUGCACAAGAUUAUCACAGGACAGGGAUGUGAGAAGGUUAUAUGAAGUAUGUUCAAACCAGUGCAGGUCGCUAUUCAUUUUGCAGCAUUUUUUGACAUUCUGUAACCAUUAGAGUUGCUCAUGAUUGUCCACAGCUGUGAUACCCAGCAGUUUUAUCUUUGUCGUCUCUGAUUUUCACAACUUUUUCCACAGAGCUGUAGGAUUAAUGGAAUAGAGGGCUUUUUUUUUUCUUCUAAAAGAACUGAUUUAAGAGACACCAAGACUGUGAAUAGAAAUAUAACAGACGUUUCACAACCAAGGCUUUGUUACCGAGUCCAAACAGAGUAUUUUCACCAUUUCUACACAACGUUUGGAAAGAUUUUCAAUCAUGUCUGUGGACGUUAUUUUAAUGAGAUGUGUGCAAAGACAUUUUUUUAAAACCUAUUUUCAUAUGUUACAACUGCAUGCCAAGCGGUUAUGCACGCUUUUGACUUUAACUGCACUGUACAAAUGCGCAUUGGACUUGGCCUGGGUGUAUUAAAGGCGCUGCACGCUUCAGUAAGGGCGCAGUGCUGUUUUCCGCCAGCAGGGGGAGCUGUUGAACAGCGGCUCAGAGCUGAGCUGAACACAACUGAUUGUCUCGUGUUUGUUGACAGAAUUAAAACAAUGUUCUUUA